CACCAUCGGCCAUCGCUCGAGUCUCUCAAUUCCGACUACAUUCCGUUCGAGGAGCUCCAAGCCUCAAUAAAAAAGAGAGUGGCAAGUUUCGCACUGUCAAUCCCACUACAAUGGCGGACCACAUUGGACCAGAUCACGCCCCGAAACGAAGCUUUGGCGAGAAGUGCAGGCGCUUUGGGAAGGCAUUCACAACGAAAGAUGGACUUGUUGGAACAUAUGACUAUGCCUUUCUUUUCAAGCCUAACCUUCCGUUCAUGAAAAAGUCCCGCCGUGCGGCACCCUUCUUCGGUCUCCACGAUCGCAUGCCGGUCCUUCUUGCUCUUCUCCUUGGGUUUCAGCAUGCGCUUGCUAUGCUUGCUGGUGUCAUCACGCCGCCGAUCAUUCUAUCGAAUGCUGCCCAUUUGACUGGAAGCCAGCAGCGCUAUCUCGUGUCGACAUCACUCAUCGUCUGCGGUAUUCUUUCUGCCAUCCAAAUUACCAGAUUCCAUAUCUGGCGUACUCCAUACUAUGUCGGCACCGGUCUGAUCUCCGUAGUCGGAACCUCGUUCGCUACCAUCCCCGUUGCAACUGGCGCCCUUACCCAGAUGUACGCCAAUGGCAUGUGCCCAUCCGAUGCAUCGGGCAACCCACUUCCCUGCCCCAAUGGUUACGGCGCCAUCCUUGGAACCGGCGCCUGCUGCGCGCUUCUCGAAAUUGGGAUGUCCUUCACCUCUCCCCGCCUUCUCAAGAGGAUCUUUCCGCCACUCGUCACCGGCCCGACCGUCAUGCUCAUCGGCGUCAAGCUCAUCCUCACUGGCUUCCAGAACUGGGCUGGCGGAAGCAGCGGCUGCCAGGCCAGGCCAACAACCGGCCUCUUCACACUCUGCCCCAACAUCAACGCACCCCGUCCCCUCCCCUGGGGCAGCGCGGAGUUCAUCGGCCUCGGCUUCAGCGUCUUCAUCACCAUCAUCCUGUGCGAGCGCUUCGGCGCGCCCAUCAUGAAAUCCACCGCCGUCGUCAUCGGCCUGCUGGUCGGCUGCAUCAUCGCCGGCGCCACGGGCUACUUCGACCGCAGCGGCAUCGACUCCGCGCCCGCCGUGUCCUUCAUCUGGGUCGAGACCUUCAAGCUGGGCGUGUACGGCCCCAUCGUGCUGCCGCUGCUCGCCGUCUACAUGGUGCUCGCCAUGGAGGCCAUCGGCGACAUCACCGCCACCUGCGACGUCUCCCGCCUGCAGGUCGACGGCGAGUUGUUCGACUCUCGCAUCCAGGGCGGCAUGCUCGCGGACGGCCUCAAUGGCAUCUUCGCUGCGCUGUGCACCAUCACGCCCAUGUCCACGUUUGCGCAGAACAACGGCGUGAUUGCGCUCACGCGCUGCGCGAACCGCAAGGCCGGGUACGCGUGCUGCUUCUGGCUGAUCGUGAUGGGCGUGUUCGCCAAGUUCGCCGCGUCGCUGGUCGCGAUCCCGCCUGCGGUUCUGGGCGGCAUGACGACGUUCCUGUUCUCCGCGGUCGUGGUGUCCGGCAUUGCCAUCAUCGCGCGCACGGAGAUGACGCGCCGCAACCGGUUCAUCCUCACGGCGGGCUUCACGCUGGGCUUCGGCGCGACCAUGGUGCCGACGUGGUUCAGCUACGUGUUCACAUACAGCGGGGACAACCGCGCGCUGGCCGGGUUCUACGACGCGAUCGAGCUGGUGUUGGAGACUGGGUUCGCGGUUGUGGCGCUCGUAACGGUCAUUCUGAAUCUGAUUCUGCCGGAGGAGGUCGAGGAUGAGAUUCCGGAGCUGACGGCGGAGGAGCAGGAUGAGCAGGUUGAGCGCGAGGAGUGGGAGCGCACCCAGAAGAUGAAUAAGGAGGCGAGGGCUAGCUCUGAGGUUACGCCUGUGAACAAGGUGUAAGAAUUGUAUUGUCGAGGGACAGGGUAUGCUGUCUGGGUUGGAGAUGGGCAAAAAAUGCUGUUGGAUGGAUGGCUCAUGGGGUGUUCUUCUUGU